CGAUCCUACCCCCCCCCCCCCCCCACCCCCGUAACCUCUGUAAACGCGACUGCCCCGAAGUGAUACAGAAGACACCUUAAUCGGCCGAAUUGUUUUCGAAACCUGUUAACGAGUAACUCGUCAAUUGCUGUAGCAGACAACAACUGGACGUUUCGCGGUUAAUUGUGGGAGCGCCUACCAGAGGAUCAACUUGGGGAUGGAAGCAUACGGUACAGACGAGAAAACUCGAACGGAAAAUCUGCAAAAUAUGAGAAUAUCCUCUAAUUCGGAAGCAUUAGGUCUAUCUGUUCUACGCAAACCGGAGUUUCUGAAGGGGACCCAUUCGAACGGUUUUAUGGAUUCGAAAACGGACGUACUCGGAGAGAUUGAAAAGUGCUGUAGUAACGAGUCGUGGAUAGGGUUCACGGAGACCACCAGUCUACACGGUCUACGGUAUAUCUGGCUGAAAGAUACGUUCACAGUUCGGAGAUUGUUUUGGCUGGUUCUGGUCCUGGCGUGUGUAGGACUCAUGUCCUACCAGAUUGUAGAUAGGAUCGUGUACUACUACCGCUGGCCUGUGAACGUCAACAUGCAGGUCAACUACAACAAGACGUUAGAGUUCCCAACGGUGACGAUAUGUAACGAAAACGUCUUCAGGGCUACUGCAGCGGCAUGGAGCGGGGAUUACCAACUUAUAUCCCACAUGUUCGGUGACGUCACGAGUUUUAGUUCCUCUGACCUAAGCCAGUAUAAUGCGUCACACGUCACAUACGAAUCUCUGGUUCGAAGUUCAGCCCACAAAAGGGAAGAUUUGAUUGUCAAGUGUCAGUGGCGCGGAGAAUCGUGCGGCCCUAACAACUUCAGUGAGGUUCUCACCGACCACGGGCUGUGUUACAUGUUCAACGGGCAGUACGAUUCCCUUGACCUACCUUUCUACGCUUACGCUGCAGGUUCGGAAAACGGACUAUCGCUGACUUUGAAUAUAGAGCAGUAUGAAUACAUGCCAGGACCGCACGACGCAGCUGGGGUCAAAGUACUCAUCCACGACGGAAGACAGUUCCCCAAAGUUCACGAGCUUGGCAUAGCCUUUCCAACGGGAUCGCAUUCAUUUGUGGGAAUCAAGCUGGUUUCAGUCACCAACUUACCGAGUCCACACGGGAAAUGCCGAUCUCAAGCCCUGAAGUAUUUUCCGGACUACUCUCUGGAGAACUGCGAGGUGGAGUGUGUCACUGACCUGUUGGAGAAAACGUGUGGCUGUCGUCGUUUCUACAUGCCGCCACACCCUACAGAUCAGCCACCCGUUUGUACGCUUGAGGAAAUUUACACCUGCUACAAGAACAACAUAGAUGAUAUCAAAGCAUCAGUCCACGAAUCAUGUGGUUGCGCGAUUCCCUGCCAAUUCCACAUUUUCGAACCCACAGUGUCCUAUGCAACGACAUCAAUGUUAAUUGUAGACCGCUUUCUGGCACAAAGCAACCGGACCGAUUUACGGCAGAAAUAUCAGCUAGCGCGGGACGUGUCUGGUCGGUUACAGAAGGAGAAAGCGGAAGAGAUGCAGAGUUUGAUAGAUUCUGUAGAGACAACCUUCACAAAACUUGAACAAUUAAUCUCUGUAGACAUAUCUUCAAAACUUAAGGAACAGGAAGCAGCCAUCAAUAAGAUGACGAAGGAAACGUUUGAUAUGUGGUUUACAAUGCACAGAUUAUUCCGAUACCAGCACUACAUAGUCCAGAAGAACUGCUUGAGGGCCCGUGACGCCAUGGACGAAAGGACGUUCUCCGUUCUGGGACUAGGGAUUCAGGAGUUUGUGUUCAGCGUCGAACAGAAAAUAGCACUGCUGGUGUCAAGCAAAUAUGAUGACAGUGUCCGGGAAGUGCUCUACUUGAUGACGUUAAAUCAGCUGGACGCCAGAAUAGACAUAGCCGAGAGAACGAUGGGCAACUAUACACAGCUUUACAAUGCAUACAUGAACGGGGAGUGCAUCUUUAAUUAUAAGUUUCUCAACUUCGCCAGGAGAUUGUCCACCUACAUCAUCCCCAGACAUCUGUUGUCCAGUGCCAUGAAUCGAACCAAGACCAUCAAGUACAGAUCGGAGCGGUUGGGUUACGAUAUAGCCAAUAUGACGAUGUUUUUAAAAGAGUAUAAAAGAAUCGCCCACGAUGCUUUCGUCAACAGAACGGUCUUGGAUGCCGAGAUGCACGAGCUGAACGUGCAGUUUCUGUAUUUCACGCGUGAGUACUUCCAGAGCCGGAGCAUGUUCUUUCACGACAUGCUGGACUGGCCAAUGAAAUAUAUGGAAAAAAGGGAAAUGGAUUUUCUAAAAGCCAAAUCGGAUUUCGACCAAUCGCGUGGAAUAUUUACUGCAAAUCUUCAUAGUGUGAAGACCUUGCUCGUGCAAAUGCAGUAUUCUUUGCUGGAAGAAGUAAAGCAGGGCAUACGGCUAUGUAAGGAUUACAUAAAUACUGGUAAUGUCAGUAAGCUAGCCGUGGCUAAAUAUAUUAACAUGAAAAGCAUUAGCGAUGGGAUUUUUAAUCUCAGUGUGUUUUUCGACACAGUCAGGAGAAAGGGUCAGGAUUUGUACGACGGCUGGAAAAGAAUUAGGACCAUUAUCUUGAAGAUGUGGAAGACAACUGUAUCCGACGUAGAUAUGAAAUCAUUUCUGGAGCAUCAGAAUAUGACGUUGUUGCUGCGUAGUUAUGAUGACAUAGAGGUAGCUAUUUCCGGUGAGAUUGAUGUGUACAGAAACGAACUGGAUCUGCGGUUCCUGGUUCACAGUGCUGACUCGGAAUUCAUCGCUGCGUUCGAAAUCCUGAAAGACUACAUGAAAGAUUUCGUAGACAGCAGCCAUGUUGAUUCGACAUUCAUACGAAACAACUUCCUGCGUCUUGAUAUUUUCUAUCGGGAGCUCAACUACGAACAGAUAACUCAGCAAGAAGCGUACGGUGUGUUUGGAUUGCUGUGUGAUAUCGGUGGUUCCAUGGGUCUGUUCGUCGGUGCGAGUGUGAUGACGAUCUUUGAAAUCAUUGACCUCAUCGCGUACCACACCACCGUGGGAAUCAGACACAGGCCUGCUUCCUGAUUCAGUUCUUCAGUCUUCGUCGUCACUGACCUUAUCGCAUACCACAGUCAUAAUGGACAUAGUUUUGACGCAGUUUUCCAGUCUUCAUUUCCAUUGACCUUGUCACAUAACACUGUCACAGUGGACGCAAUUUCUGACACAAUUUAUCAUAUUCAUUUCCACUGACCUUAUCGCAUAUGAUUGUCACAAUGAAUGUAGUUCCUGAAGCAUAUUUCUCAACUUCAUUUCCAUUGACAUUAUCACAUACCACUGUCAUAAUGGACGUCGUUUUGAAGCGGUUUUCCAGGCAUCAUUGUCAUGGACCUUAUCGCAUACCACUGUCACAAUGAACGCAAUUUCUGACACAAUUUCGCAUAUUCAUUUCCAUUGACCGUAUCGCAUACCACUGUCACAAUGGACGUAUUCCUGGAGACGUUUUCCAGUCGCCAUUUUCAUUGAACAUAUCGUAUACCACUGUCACAAUGGACACCGUUUCUGACACAACUUGUUAUCUUCAUUUCCAUUGAUCUUAUCGGAUACCACUGGCACCCUGGACCUAGUUCCUGAUACUGUAUCAUCGUCCUUUUCAUUGACAUUAUCACAUACCACUGGCACACUGAACCUAGUUCCUAAUAAUGUAGCAUCAUCCUUUUCAAUGACCUUAUCGGGUACCACUGGCACCGUGAACCUAGUUUCUGAUAAUGUAUCAUCAUCCUUUUCAUUGACCUUUUCACAUACCACUGGCACACUGAACCUAGUUCCUGAUAAUGUAUCAUCAUUCGUUUCAUUGACCUUAUCACAUACCACUGACACCCUGGACCUAGUUCCUGAUAAUGUACUAACAUUCUUUCCAUUGGCCUUAUCACAUACCAAUGACACAUUAGACAUUGUUCCUGAAACAGUUUAUUUUCUUCAUUUUCAUCUAACCUUUCUCAGAAUGUAAAUGUAUAAACUGUGUUAUAGAUAUUUUUGUCAUGUAUCAUAAGGUGACACAUGUGCAUACAAUUUAUAACAUAACAGAAGUAUAUAAAAAAGCCAUUUUACAUUUGUUAUGCAAAAUGUAUAUAUGUAUAUAUCUGUAUUAGUGUGCUCAUCAUCACCACCAUCAUCAUCAUCAUCAUCAUCAUCACAAUCAUCAUCAUUAUAACUCUGAAGUGUAUUCAGUGGUCUAAUAAUCAUCAUUAUAACUGAAAUGUAUCCAGUCGUCUGCAUUAAUUACUUGUUAUGUAUCACUGUUAUUUGUUAUGUAAAUAAAACUGUUGCAUUUUA